UCCCCACACUACCACACUACCCCGUGCCCAGCACCCACUGCCCGGCUGGGCCUCUGCCCACGUUUCCUGCUUCCCCUGCAUGGGGCCCUGCAGCAACCCCCGCCUGGGGCUCCCCGAGGGGGAUUCGCCCUCCCAGCCCCCCAAAAGGAGGAAGAAGAGAUACCUGCGGCAUGACAAGCCCCCCUACACCUACUUGGCCAUGAUCGCCCUUGUGAUCCAGGCUGCACCCUCCCGCAGGCUGAAGCUGGCCCAGAUCAUCCGUCAGGUCCAGGCCGCGUUCCCCUUCUUCAGGGACGAUUACGAAGGCUGGAAAGACUCCAUCCGCCACAACCUCUCCUCCAACCGGUGCUUCCGCAAGGUGCCCAAGGAUCCCGCGAAGCCCCAGGCCAAGGGCAACUUCUGGGCGGUCGAUGUGAGCCUGAUCCCGGCCGAGGCGCUGCGGCUGCAGAACACGGCCCUGUGCCGGCGCUGGCAGAGCAGGGGCGCGAGGGGAGCCUUCGCCAAGGACCUCGGCCCCUACGUGCUGCACGGCCGGCCCUACCAGCCGCCCAGUCCCCAGUCGCCGUCCUGCGAGGACUUCAGCAUCAAGUCUCUGCUAGGGGGCUCCGGGGAGGGGACGCCGCGGAGCAGCCCCAGUAGGUCAGGCUCAGAGCGCUCAGGGGAGGGAGAGCUGCCUGCUGCACUCCCGCCCUCUGAGAAGCCUCUGUGGCCCGUCUGCCCCCGCCCAAGGCCCAUCAGGGCAGAGGGGAAGACUUCCCAGGGGGAAAACAGCAGGCCCUCCAUCCUGUCCCCUGAGCCCAGGGCCUGGCCUCUCCACUUACUGCAGGGCACCGCAGACCCCGGGGUUCUCUCUGGUGGAGGUCACAGGGCCUCGCUGUGGGGGCAGCUGCCCACCUCCUACUUGCCCAUUUACACUCCCAACGUGGUGAUGCCUUUGGCCCCACUGCCACCCACCUCCUGCCCCCGGUGCCCUCCCUCCACCAGCACAGGCUAUUGGGGGGUGGCCCCAGAAACCCAUGGCCCCACAAGGCUGCUCUGGGAUCUAGAUGCUCUCUUCCAGGGGGUGCCACCCAACAAAAGCAUCUAUGAUGUUUGGGUUAGCCACCCCCGAGACCUGGCUACCCCCACCCCAGGCUGGCUGUUCUCCUGGUAUGGCCUGUGAUGCUCCCAGGGCAGGGGCUGCUUUCCUCUGCCACCCUUAGGCUUGUUGAGGAGAAACCAAGGUCUGUGUGACCCUGGCAGCCUGAGACAGAGGCACCAGCCACGCUGAGAGUCCACUUGUUUAUUGGCUGCCCCAGAAGAGCUAUGGCCCAGCAGGGCAUCACCCUAGAGGCAAGGCUGGAUGGAGCAGGGCUCUACCUGGAGUAGCCCUUCCUUUCCCCUUCCUGGCCCCACCUUCUCCAACUCUCCUUCCAUCUAUCCAUCCAUCCAUCCAUCCAUCACCAGCUGUCACCUCCCCUCCCUGGCUUGGGCUGGGGGAGGGAAAACCUAAUGGGGCUCCAGCCUAAAGCCCUGUCCUCCCUCAGCUGUUGCCUGGGAAAGAGGAAGCACCUUUGGGGGGAAGGGGAUCGAGAAUGGAGACUCUACUUGGCUUUGGUGAUGGUGGUGGGGAGGUAACAGUAAAGGAAUAGACAUUUCAACCCAAGUCUAAUGUGGUGAUGGGAUAGUGACUCUGGUGACCACUUGGCCGCGGUCUGCAUCUGCGGCCCUGGGAUCCCCUGCUGUGCACCGCGAUAACAGCAGAUGGUGAUACGGGGGCGGGGGAGGUGUGAUCAUUACCCCAGGCAGAGCACUCCUCCAGGGUGGGAGCAGUGGCCCCCAGAGAUCAAGGAAGUCAUGAGGAAAUAGGGAUUUUGCUGCCUCUGCCCGCAGAGAUGUGACCCAGGCUCCUUGGGCAGGACUAGGAAGGCAGGUCCUCCGGCGGUGCCAGGGCCGAGCUGGAGCCGCUGUCUAAGCCGGGGCUUGGAGGGCUGCCGGGCGACGGCGUGGGGGUGCAGGGGGUCCCGGAGAGUGGUGUGUCGGUACUCAAGGAGGAGGGUGUCCUGGAGCGGGGGGCCCUGAGGGGCCUAGCCGGCCCCAGCUCCACUCGGCUCACACGCUCGGCGAACUUGAGCGAGCACACCGUCUCGCCGAGAUCCUCGGGCCGCGUGGA